GGCUUUUACAACAGGACUCCUGAGACUUGAAGUAGGCUGGUGCAGAGCGGCCACCCCUUGCUGUCAGUGACGUUCCAUGAAGAUGGUUUGAACCUCCGCACUUCCUGACAUGGGCUCAUUUCAUCACACGCGUUCUGCGCCUUGGCUGCCUGCAGGUUGCAGUGGAAACACCUGCCUCGGUGAUGCCCGUCUGAUGUGCUAUUGAUGAGCAAGAGAAGGAGGAACACAAGGAUGAGGUUGGAGCAGUCCUUGCCUCUCCUGGGAGGACUCCUGCUGUGUGCGGCUGGCACCACAGCUCAGCAGGAUGAUACCGAAGCACAAGAGGGAUUCCUGGUGGAGAUUUCUGGAACCACAGUGACAAUCACAUGUCCCUUGACUGAAGGCACCAUAGCCUGGCACUCAAGUGGGAAAAAGGGAGUCAGCGAUGCACAGAAGUACGUUAUAGAGAAUCACGACAGCUCUCCUGUCAGUGUGAGUUGUUCAUCAGGUCCUAAGAAGUAUGAAAUGUACCUGAAUGCCAAAGUGUGCGCAAACUGUGCGGAGCUGGAUGCCUUGGCAGUGACAGGGAUCAUCAGUGCGGAUCUUCUCAUCACCUUCGGGGUACUCACUCUGGUCUAUUACUUCAGCAAGGACAGGAUGGGCAGAGUGAGCGCUGGUGCUGGCAGUCGGCCACGAGGCCAGAAGAUGCAGCGUCCUCCCCCCGUUCCAAACCCAGACUAUGAGCCCAUCCGGAAAGGCCAGCGGGAAGUGUAUGCAGGCCUGGAAUCCAGGGGCUUCUGAAAUUCCCACUGACGCCAGGCUGGAAAACAGCAGCAAAGGAGCUAAGUGCUUCUGCCCAGCUUGGCAUUUUGGAGUAGGGCAGCUACUACACAGGGCAGGUGUCUGCUGCCAUCGCUGUCCCACCCUGUGUUCUUUCCCCCUU